AUGGCGCGUCUGGAUACCUUCGGCCAACACAAGCGGACAAUGGCAAUGGCAAUGCCGAAUCUCUCAAUCGUCCCGGGACCGCAACCUCAGGUGCAGCAACCUUUGAGGCGCAACGCGGCGGUCCUUGGAGACAUCACCAACACAGGAUAUGCCGUCAAAGUGGACAAGCCGGCGUUCGCACCUGCGAGGCCAAGAGCAUACGAUGAGAGCCAGGCUUUCGGGCCUGGCAACACGACAGUGGCCUGGGUCAGAGAGAACUCCCGCUUUGUCAUUCCGGUGUCCGGCGAUCACAUGGACGUUGUCAUGGAGGAGGAAGAGGACCCGCAGCAGGUGUCGGAGUACUCCAAAGACAUAUUUGAGCGAAUGUUCUCCAUGGAAAGAUCGUUCCAACCCAGGUGCCAUUUUCUAGCCGAGCAGCGAGAGAUCAACACAAAGAUGAGGGCGAUUCUCGUAGACUGGCUGGUCGAGGUUCACAUGAAGUACAGGCUGAAGCCAGAAACAUUGUUUAUGGCGGUGAAUGUCAUAGACAGAUACCUGUCCAUGAGGCAAGUGGCGCGAAAGAAGCUUCAGCUUUGCGGCGUGACAGCGCUCCUGAUCGCCUCGAAGUUUGAGGAGAUCUACCCACCAGAGGUUAAGGACUUCGUGUACAUAACGGACAAUGCGUACACCAAGGACGACAUCCUGAGAAUGGAGGUGUCCAUCCUCUCCACUCUCAACUUUGAGCUUUGCGGUCCCACAGCAGCCCAUUUCCUGGACCGCUACCAGCGUGCCAACAAAUGCAGCGAGGAGCAUGCACACUUGAUGCAAUACUUGGCUGAGCUCUGCUUGCUGGAAGUUCACAUGGUUCAAUACGUGCCAUCACUGGUCGCUGCUGCAUCGGCAUUGCUGAGCAACAAGCUUCUGCGUCAGCAUCCGGCGUGGCCACCGUGCCUUGCGCAGAUCACCCAGACGCACUCCGAGGCAGAGGUCAAGGCAUGCGCGCGCGAGAUGUGCGGACUGCUCGACUCAGUGGAGAAGAGCUCCCUCCAAGCGAUCCGCAAGAAGUACUCACAGGAGAAGUUCAGCAAAAUCGCGACUACUGGCAGGAGGUUCUGGACACAAAGCUGA